GCCCACAGAGUCCCUUGUUCUACACCCACCACGGGGUGGAUGUGCUGAUGCCAUGGACAGGGUGGCUGGGAGCACUGGACACUGGGCUGGCAUUUCAGCCGCACAAUGGGCUCUUGUACUGUCCCGACGCCGCUGGGGAAUCUGCGAGGAGAGUGAGAGACAUUUUUCAGCUUCCUUUCUUUGCUGUUGAGAUGCAUGUGACUGGGAUGGGGGAGGGAGGCCAUGCCAAGCCCAGCUGGGCUGCUCAGCUCAGCGUGCCUCCACUCCAGCCUGGUCUGUCUUGGGAACACCUGGGCCCCUUGGGGCAGGAGCCUCCUCUCCCACAGUGGAUCCCCCAGGGUUGACUCGAUGGCUGCCCCAGGCCAAGAUCCAGCUGUAGCCAGGUUGAAGAUGGGGGUAAGGCAGCCCUGUCGCGCAAGAUGCGGCCUGAGGACGAGCUGGUGAACAUCAAUGGCACCCCACUGUAUGGCUCCCGGCAGGAGGCGCUCGUCCUCAUCAAAGGCUCCUACCGCACACUGAAGAUGAUUGUCAGGAGGAGGAACGUGCCCGUCAUCAGGCCCCACUCCUGGCACCUGGCCAAGCUCUCCGAGGUCCGGACCGAGGCUGCCACCAUGCACUGUCCCUCUGAUGCCUUCAGCUUGUCCUGGCACUCAGGAUGUGACUCCAGUGACCUGUCCCUGCAGUGGGCCCAGCUGUCUCGCCAUUGCAGCACGGAGAAAAGCAGCUCCAUUGGAAGCAUGGAGAGCCUGGACCCACCCGGCCAGACCUACUAUGAGGGCAGCCUCUCGCCUGUGGACCAGAGCAUGUACCAGAACAAGCGGGACUCUGCCUAUAGCUCCUUCUCGGCCAGCUCCAAUGCCUCGGACUAUGCCCUGUCCCUGCGCCCUGAAGAGACCUCCUCCACAGACUCUAUCCUCCAGGGCCUGGGCCCCAGCCGAGCCCAUGAGGGGCGCUACCUGCAGACGGGUAGCGAGGGGGCAGAUGUCUCCCACCAGCUGUGUGGGCACCUGGCACCCAACUCCAGGCCCUCCUCAUGCCCCCACGAAAGCAACCUGUCGGGCUCCGCCAAAUCAGGCGCCCCUCCACAGCCCCCCGUUAGGAGGGACAGCCUCCGGGCCUCCAACCCCCAGCCGGCUGGCACCGAGCGACGCCGGGCCUCUGCCCCUGCUGAUGCUCUGCACCUCCCAGGCAGAUGGACCUCGGACACUUCGCUGUGCCUGCGAGACAAGGAGCCUGAGGGGGUGGGAGACCACCCGAAGGAGCACCUGUCUGCCGACCAGUACUACAUGCUGAGCUCCCACCUGGACAGAUGUCAGCCCAGCAUGGAGCCGCUGUUAGGGGAGAGCACAGACCAUCCCCAGGAGGCUGCCCAGGGGCAGUGCCAGGAUAACGGUGCCCACGAAGGACAGCCAGGCGCCAAUGAUGACCCGCCCCAGUCUCCUCGGAAGGGGCACCGGCACAGUGCCCCUGAGCAGCUGCUUGCAUCCCAGCUGCGCUCCCUGAAUGUAGCCACGGGCAGCAGUCACUGGGACACCCAGCUGCAGGGCAGGCAUCAAUGGACUGUGAACCCGCUGCACUUGGAGCAGCCAGGACUCGGCCAGCAGACAGAGGAUGCCAAAGAGCAGCCGUGCGGGGAUCCAGCCGUGGGCACAGACCGUGCUGAUGACCAUGUCACACAAGCACAGCACUCCCCUGGCCAGGCCCAGGACUCCUGCCUUAGCCAGGGGCCAUACAGGUGUUACCCAGAGCUGGAGAGAUCCUGUAGCACCCCCAGCGAGUCAACCAUGCCACCACAGCCUGCCAGCCUAACCCCCGCAUGCAGCUCCAAGGCACUGGUGGAGGAGGGGAAGGAGUCCUGGCAGAGCAGGCCGAGUGCCAGGAAAUCGGGCCCUUCCCAUCAGCGAUCAGCCCAGCUGCGGCGCCGGAGUGAGCGCUUCGCUACCAACCUGCGCAAUGAGAUCCAGAGGAGGAAGGCCCAGCUGCAGAAGAGCAAGGGUUCUGUGGCUCUGCUGUGUGGGGAAGAGCCAGUGGAGGAGACGGAUGAGCCAUGCGAGAGCCAUCCCAGUCCCUCAGCCCCGCCACAGGGCAGGCUGCCUAGCUCAGGGGACAGGAGCUCUGUCAGCAUGACACAAGCCAGAGCCAAGUGCCUGAGCCCCACACCGGGCACGGCGCCUGCUGGGGAACAUGGCAGGAGCCCCGGCCGCCCAGCGAACAGGAGUGCCCCUGCCCCCCAGCCUGCACGGAAAGGCCCCAGCACCCCUGCCCCCGACAGGGAGAAGCAAAGGGCUCCGGGGACUGGGGGCCGGUGGCGGUGGUCUCCAGAGCACAAGCUGCAGCGGGCCCUGAGCCCUGGGGAGGCGUACGCCAAGGGGUCAGAGGCGCCCACCUCCUCGCUGCGCCUGGCAGAGGAUGCCAUCCUGCUGCCCUUUGCUGAUCGCAGAAAGUUCUUUGAGGAGACCAGCAGAUGCGUGGCGCACCUCCCGGCCCGGCACAGCAGUUCCCCCAGCUUUCGGCCAAAGGCAGCCGAGUCGCACGCCUUUCAGCCACUGGGCACUGAGUGUCAGGAGCUGCGGCGCUGUUCCGUGGACCAGUCCUACCCGCCCCUGUCACCGGGGCGGCAGAAUCUCCCCACCUAUGCCGAGUGCUGCCUGGAGCCGCCUGUGUGCUACGCUGGCCUCCCGCGGCAUGGCAAGUUCGAGUACCUGCGGCCCUUUGCCCGGGCCUGUGCCUGCCUCUACUGCUCUGGUGACAUGUGCCCCUCACUGCUGCAGAGGAACAUGCAGUCCAGCCACCAUGGCUAUCGUUGCCACCCCCAUCCCUGGGUGCCGCGGUGUUCCGACUGCUGCUGCUCUGUUCCCCACAAGGCCCUGGAGGAGACCGAGCCCUGGCCUGGGAGGAAGGCGUUCUUGCCGGAAUUUCCUCUGGAGGAGUGGGAGCCUGGGGUGAUAAACAGGAAGGGCAGCCAAUCAGUGAGCGAGCUGGCACACUACGAGAUUGGCUUCCAGAAGGAGGGUCCCUGCCGGCCCUGCUUGGAGAGCUCUGAACAGACGUGGCCUCCUUGCUACCGGGCCGCGUCCUCUCUCGACCUCUCUUGGGACUGCGAGCGGCGUGCGCCAGAGAGCCCCAGCGAGCCACUCCAUCGCCCUCUCCAGGGCAGGGCCUUCUCCGAGAGCCACCUCAACAUGGAGCCACCCAGCACCCGGGGCCAGGAGAUGAGAGAUGCCCUCUUAGCCAAGCUAGAUGAGAUGCACCCGAUGCCUCCGUGUCCGGCCAGAAAGAAAGGGCCGCCCCCUCCCCGGCCCCCGCCCCCUAACUGGGAGAAGUACAGAACUCGCCGGGCCUCCCACCACCACCUUUACCCACUGGAGCCCACCGGGCCCGGCUCAGCAUUGUUCGCAGUGCCCUUGGAACAGCCUCACUACCAAGGCGGUGGCAGCGUGGAGACUGCAAGGCAGCGCUCCCAGAGCCUUCCCCUGGACAAGCUCCCUGGGGACUCGGUCAAGCCUGUGGCCAUCUCACAGCCUCGAAUGCCUGGCACCCUCCCUCAGGAAUCCCUGGACACCAGGCACCUGCCAGAGCAGGGAAGCAACCACCACUACUACUGCCACGUCUCGCCUCGGGAGCCACUGGCACUGGACAUGGCCACCAGGAACACUCCCAGGCCAGAUGGGCUCUCAGAGGUGGGGGUGAAGGAGACGCUACGGUGGGAUAAGGGCAGGUCUGUAAAGGAUGAACAAUACCAAGUGAUUAGCUGGGGCCAGGAGCGCCCGCGGCCCAGCCCCCCCUGCCUGGCCCCCAAGGAGGUGGAAUCGGCUCAGGAGAUCGCAGAAGUGGAGAGCUGCCGGCUGGGCAGGCAGCCGCCCUGCCGAAUGACCUCAGAGGAACUGAUGCGAGACGUGGCGGGCAGGGAUCGUUCCCUGGCAGGUGUGCUGAGCCCAGCCUCUAGCAUGGUGACAGCCGCCGAGGUCAUGGGAGAGCUCUUCUCGGUGGGGGACCGCAACUCGUGGAAGGACCAUUACCAGCAGGACUGGCGGCUGGAGAAGCAGAGUGAGGCUGAGGCUCAGGAAAGGGAGGAGUUCCAGCCCAUCUCCCCUCCCCUGGGAGGCGCUGUCAGCCCCACCUCCUACUCGGCCUAUUACAACACCUCGGCGGGCAAAGCUGAGCUGCUCAACAAGAUGAAGGAGCUGCCGGAGGGGACCUCAGAGGAGGAGGAGAUGGAUCACGAGCUAGCACAGAAGAAGGCGCAGCUCAUCGAGAGCAUCAGCAGGAAGCUGGCGGUGCUGCAGGAGGCACAGCGGGGCCUCCAGGAGGACAUCAACGCCAACGCAGCACUGGGGGAGGAGGUGGAGUGCCAGGUGAAGGGCGUCUGCAAACCCAAUGAAUUUGACAAGUUCCGUCUCUUCAUCGGAGAUCUGGACAAGGUGGUAAAUCUGCUGCUGUCACUCUCGGGGCGGCUGGCCCGGGUGGAGAAUGCCCUCAACAGCCUGGACCAUGAGGCCACCGAGGAUGAGAAGCUGGCGCUGCUCGAGAAGAAGCGUCAGCUGACAGAGCAGUUGGAGGAUGCCAAGGAUCUGAAGGAGCAUGUGGAUCGGCGAGAGAGGGCCGUGUUCGGCACCAUCUCACGCUCCCUGCCAGCCGAGCAGCUCCAGGACUACCAGCACUUUGUCAAGAUGAAGUCGGCCCUCAUCAUCGAGCAGCGGGAGCUGGAGGAGAAGAUCAAGCUGGGGGAGGAGCAGCUCAGGUGUCUCAGAGAGAGCCUCCUGCUUGGGCCCAGAGAUUAUUAGCGCCAGCGCUACCCUCCUGGUGCCUAUGUGGCCACGGUCUCCUCCACAGUGGUGUGGCCUAGAGCUGACAGCCACGGCCUCCUCACGGGCUGCUGCUGGAGGACCCUGGAGCAGAAAGGGGUGUGUGGGAGCAUCCCGGCAACCCCCAUGGCCUCCCAGCUGGUGACCCAAGUGAAUGGUGCUAGUGCGCGUCGUUCUCCUCCCUCCCCAUCGAUGCACUGAUUCAGUGGGAGCCCAUCACGUGCCUUCCAGCUGGCAAGGUCCAGCAGGGCACUGGCACAAAAGGGGGGUUCAGCCCUUCCCAGGAUGCCACGGCCUGAAGCCCCAAAGAGGGGGAGGCUGCACUAGCUAUCUCCUCUAGCACCGACCUACCAUGGGCCGGGCCACCAAAGCCAAGCAAACAGCGCUCCGGGUGGGAGGGGCUCUGCUGGAAGCGAGCUGGGAUUUCUGGAGCUGAACUGGAAGCCAGAGGAAACUGGACUCUUCAACACGCCAAAGGGGAUGUUGCUUUCACUUCCCCAGCCCUUGCCAAGGUUUGCAGCAGGUUCUACAGCCAGCUGGGAGAGCCCCACAGCUGGCCCCCACUGCUGCCUGCCCAUAGAUCUUCCUCUCGUGCGGUGCCAGGGUGGGGCAGAGGACAUUACUGCCCCACUGCUAUGACCCCAGGUGGCACGACCAAAGAGGAUCUCGCACCAGUGCCUUAUCCGUGUGUGUGUGUGUGAGAUCCCUGCCAAUGUUAUUUAUUUUUGUAUUUUUAAGUUGCUUUUUUCCUAUGGA